CUUUAGUUCACCGGCAAGCUGGCUAACAAGUCAUGCUGACAUACAAGAUUUACUGUAAUCCCUUUUACUUUUCUCAAUGUUUAUUUUAGCAAUUUUUAAAUUUUUAUCGAUCUAAUUGGAAUUCAUUUAUUGUGGCAGUCAACAUUAGGCCUAUUAGGAUAUAAAUCUGUCAUAUAAAACAUCGUUCCACGGAUGUUGAAAACAAAGAAAUAUAAAGCUUUAUAUCUGUUUUUUAGGAUUCUAUGAAAGAACAAACGGUAUGUGACUGUGAAAAACUGACCACCUCAGAUGUGGAUGGGUCCACAUUUGAUGGGCCCAUCAAUAAACUGAAAAAGACAGAAUGUAUUAAGUGGCUGUUGUGCCGAAAUAUAAAACCUCACCACAAGGAUACGUUAGCGUCGGUUCGUGUUAAAGUGCAACAGACCAAGAAAAAACAAACCAUCCCAGACUGUGAAUUAAUAAUUAGAGACUCCGAUCCAAAUAAUGCUAAUCUCAGAUCAAAAAAAUCCAGAUGCCCCAAAUGUAAGAACAAUAUGAUAUAGUUGAUCAGAGUAAUAAAGAACAUGUUAUUGUUAUAUAAUAUUUAUGUGUCAGAGUGGUUGUAUUUGAAAAUAUUACAUAGUUAUUAAAGAGGCUCUAUACUAUAGGAAAGCACAAUCAAGACCCCUCUGGACCUUUUUGCAUAUUGAGUUUCACCACAUAUUCACCUGACUUACUAAGGAAGAAGUCCCAAAUCCUCCGCUUUCAGUGUUAAUUUUUCGAUUUUGCUGGCCGAUCUAAUUAUUUUCAAUGAAAUUAAUUCAGUCUGAAGUUUGAAUAUACCGGGAAAAUUCUCCUGUUAUCUGAUUGGUCGUUAAAUUUGUUUAUCAUGAAUCUGAUUGGCUGUCUGGUUCAAGGGGCAUGUACGACUCAACG